GCCGCGCGUGCGCGGUGGAUGCGGCCGGCGGCGGAGGUGGUUCUUGCUGGGCCAGGGGCGCCGCCACCGGUCCUCCGCUCCAUGGUGCGCCCGGUGCGGCUGCCGGCGGACGCGUCCUCGGGAUGGAGCACAUCCGUACGACCAAGGUUGAGCAAGUGAAAUUACUUGACCGAUUCAGUAGCAGCAACAAGGCUCUGACAGGGACCCUGUACCUCACGGCCACACAUCUGUUGUUCAUAGACUUUCACCAGAAAGAAACCUGGAUCUUGCACCACCACAUUGCCUCGGUGGAGAAGCUGGCUCUGACGACGUCGGGGUGCCCACUGGUGAUUCAGUGCAAGAACUUCCGGACUGUGCAUUUCAUCGUUCCCAGAGAAAGAGAUUGCCACGACAUCUACAACUCUCUGCUACAGCUGUCAAAGCAAGCAAAAUAUGAAGACCUCUACGCAUUCUCUUAUAACCCCAAACAAAACGAUUCAGAAAGACUGCGAGGCUGGCAGCUCAUUGACCUUGCGGAGGAGUAUCAGAGGAUGGGGGUGCCGAAUUCAAACUGGCAGCUGUCUGACGCCAACAGGGACUACAAGAUUUGCGAAACUUACCCCAAAGAACUUUAUGUUCCCCGAAUAGCAAGCAAGCCAAUAAUUGUUGGUAGUUCCAAGUUCCGGAGCAAGGGGCGGUUCCCCGUUCUUUCCUACUAUCAUCAGAGUAAGGAGGCUGCCAUUUGUCGAUGUAGUCAGCCACUGUCAGGAUUCAGUGCCCGGUGCCUGGAGGACGAGCAUUUGCUUCAGGCCAUCAGCAAAGCCAACCCAGCCAACCACUACAUGUACGUCGUGGACACCAGGCCCCGGCUGAAUGCCAUGGCCAACAGAGCAGCUGGAAAAGGUUAUGAAAAUGAAGACAACUACUCUAAUAUUAGGUUUCAGUUUGUUGGGAUUGAAAAUAUUCACGUCAUGCGGUCCAGCCUUCAGAGACUGUUGGAAGUCAGUGGCACCAGAGGGCUGUCUGUCGGCGACCUCUACUCCGGCCUGCAGAGCUCGGGGUGGCUCCGCCACGUCCAGGCCGUCCUGGGCGCCGCAGUCGUCUUAGCCAAGGCAGUAACGACCGAGAGUGCCAGUGUGUUGGUCCAUUGCUCUGACGGCUGGGACAGGACCUCCCAGGUUUGCUCCCUGGGCUCCCUCCUGCUGGAUCCCUACUACAGGACAGUCAGAGGAUUCAUGGUUUUAAUAGAAAAGGAUUGGAUCUCCUUUGGACAUAAGUUUUCAGAGAGGUGCGGCCAUCUGGACGGGGACCCCAAAGAAGUCUCCCCGGUGUUCACUCAGUUCUUGGAAUGCGUGUGGCAUCUGACCGAACAGUUUCCACAAGCCUUCGAAUUCAAUGAAGCGUUUCUUCUUCAGAUCCACGAACAUAUUCAUUCAUGCCAAUUUGGAAACUUUAUUGGAAAUUGUCAGAAGGAAAGAGAAGAACUCAAGCUGAAGGAGAAGACGUACUCGCUGUGGCCGUUUCUGUUGGAAGAUCGAGUGAAGUACUUAAAUCCUCUCUACCAGCCCCAGGCUCAGGAAUUUGCAGUUUUGGAACCAAAUACAGUAUCUUUCAAUUUCAAGUUUUGGAGAAACAUGUACCACCAGUUUGAUCGAACUUUGCAUCCUAGGCAGUCUGUGUUUAAUAUAAUUGCGAAUAUGAACGAGCAAAAUAAACAGUUGGAGAACGACAUUAAGGACUUGGAAUCUCAAAUUAAGCAAUGUAAAAAUAAGCAAGCAGAUGGAGUUCUCACCAAGGAAUUGUUAAAUUCAGUUCGUCCUGAAUCACCUACGCUCAAAACUUCCUUGUGUUUUAAGGAGCAGACGCUGCUCCCCGGAAAUGAUGCUCUUCGAACUAUAGACAGCAGCAACCCGGCGGAUAAUCGGUACAGCGAAUACGCCGAGGAGUUUUCCAAGCCGGACCCCGCCGUGGUCAGCCUGGAGUACGGCGUGGCGAGGAUGACCUGUUAGGCGCGGGCGGUGCUGCCUGCACUGGCUGCUGUGCGGGAAGCGGGUCACCGUGCGGCUGGUCCGUGUGUGGGACCGAAAGCGCUCUCAGAGUGUCCCGGUGGGUUAGCAGCUGGAGAGAGGCCGGUACCCGCUCUGGUGAGAGAAGUCAGGCAGUUUAGCUGCGUUUCUAGCAAGGCGUGAAUGACUAACAGUUCUUGAAGAAACGAGUGGUAUCGGCCAAUUUACUCCAGACACGGUCCAUACUGUACUGGUGAAUUGACAUGUCUGUGUGAUUUACAUGGUAACCACAGCCAAACACGGAUAGCCUUCCUUAAGGAUAAUUUGAUUGCUGGAAAACAAAACUGGCAACGCGGUCCCUUAUUUGAUAGCUGACACGGCAUGUACUUUCAGUUCUGUGACUGUAACUAUGGCUUUUUACAUAUUUUGCCUAUUAGUGAUGUUUAAAGUUGAAGUGCCAUGAAAAAUAUUUCUAAGAAAGCCUUAAACUCGCAGUUUAUUCAUUACAUUGCUCUUAAGUUUCGUUGCCUAGAGCAAGGCGGUUUGUUUUGUUUUGCCUUGGGUCAGCCUUGUAUUACCUGUGAAGAGUUGCUCAGCCCUGCAGGAGCUGCCCGCCCGGCACGCGUGCGUAAACGGUUGUAGGACUGCUAAACUGUUGGGCCUUAUUUUGUGGUUGGCUUUAUUCCUUUGAUAAGUAUGUAAGUUUAAAAAGCUAAAGCUCUGAGCUGUUCUUAGAAACAAUGAACAGUACAUAGAUGUAUAUUUUAAAAUGGUUUCAUGUCUCAUUGAGUUGCUCUUCCUAGAAUAAACUUUGUUUACCCAAGAAUUUUGGGGUUAAAAAAAAGAGAAUCUAGAGAGUUUAGAUUUUGCUUGGUUGCAUGAAGUUUUCUCUGGAACAUUUUUUUCUUCUCUGUUAGCAAAGAAGAAAAAAGGAAAUUUAAGGAUAGCCUAAUACAAAGUUAAUGUGUAACAGAAAUUUAAGUGCUAGGGAGAGUUUCAUUUUGCCAUGUUAUGUUAACUCUUUAUUCUCUGUACUAGUAUGUGUUAUUAAAUUACCAAAAAAAAAAAAAAAAGAUAAAAAAGUCACUUUCCAUUGACAGUAUCACCCAGCUGGCUUUAAAUGGACUAUUUAACAUGGGUGGCACGAGAUAUACAGUUCAAGGACACCAGGAACUCUGCAAAGGGUCCCUUAUGCUUCUUUUUGUUACGCCUGUAUGUUAGACUAGUUUUGAGCAGAAACAGAUAUCUUUUACAAAUAGGAAAAAAAAACUUUAUUGUAUGAGCUUAUCUAAUGGUAUUUAUUUUUCCAGUGCUUUUCUGUAACGCAUUAUGUAAUAAGAAAAAUACUUGUUUUUAAACAGUAACAGAAAUGCACUAUAAAACAUAGUUUGUGAUUCAGCCAAGUCUAUUUCCACAUUUAGGCGCUGGGACGGGAAACUUGACCUUCGUGAGCACAGAGGGAAGCUGUUGUGCCUUGUUACUUGUUUCCAGUUACUGAUUGUGAUUCUAGAAUCUUCUGUGGCAGACAUCUUAUAUUCAGCUCUUGAGUUUAUUAUCUUAAUCUUCAACUUGAGGCCUGGAUACAUGUGUUUAUGUGCUCACACAUGGACUGGGAAACCACUUAACAUCCCAAGUGACCUACGGGGUAUAUAGUUGGCAAAAAGCAGACUCUGUGUGUGCCUUAUGAGGCUGGGUUUAUGUCCGUGUGUCAGGGUGUGUGGCAUAUACAUUAUUACAUAUAUUAUUUAAAAGGC